CGUUUCCUCUCCAAGAUGGCGGCGCCCAGCGGGAGGAGCGGCGGGCUCGCGUGGGCCGCGCUGGUGCCCGCGGCCCUGCUGUGCCUGGCGGCUCGCGCGGCCGCGGGACCGGGCACGGCCUCGGACGCGGCCCAGAGCACCGCCGAGUUCGACGUGCGGCCCGGCGGGGAGGUUCAUUCCUUCUCCCGGAGCCUGGGGGAUUACAGCUGCUCCUUCACCUACUCGGCCCAGGGCGGCACCAACGAGCAGUGGCAGAUGACGGUCGGAGUGAGCGAGGACAGCGCCCUCUUCUCCUGCUCCAUCUGGAGGCCCCAAGGGAAGUCUUAUCUCUUCUUUACCCAGUUUAAAGCCGAAGUGAAAGGAGCCAAGAUAGAGUAUGCCAUGGCUUAUUCUCAGGCUGCUGCAGGUGCCCUGAACGACAUCCCCUUAAAGCAGGAGGAGUUUGGGAUCACUGAAACAGCAGUGUCUCACACGGAAGGCAAGUUCCGUUUCGAGCUGUCCAAGCUGAUGAUCGUGGCCAAAACCCCCCGUGACGAGCUGUGAGCCCAGGCCAGCCCUGGGCAGGGGGCACGGCCACACCAGCAUGGCAGGGAAGGGAUUUCCUGCUUACCUGCAGGGUUUUUCUUUUGGUUGGCCAAACCUUUUAUGUUUUCCGUACUGCAGCGUGCUGGGGACCGACACGAGAGGGGCCUGGAGGGCUGGGGACAGAUUUGGGUCAGAGUAACAGCCCAGGAGCUCCUGAUCCUCCUGUGCCCCUCCGAGCAGGGCAGAGCUCCUUGCAGAGGGGCUCCUUAUCUGCCUGCCUGGGAAGAGCAGUGCAGGGAGAUAAGGGGCUGGGCUUGAGCAGGGCCUGCCACAGGGAGCUGUUAACUCUCCAGUCUCUGGAGGGGAGGUGGGAUUGCUCUCUCCACCAGCGUGACAGGAGGAAAUAAUUAAUUCAGGGUUGGGGAGGGAGGGGAUUGGCCAAAGCUCUGACUCCGUGGAGAGUGUGGGGCUGGGCUGGGGGAAGGCAGAGCAGCUCAUCCUGGCACAAUCAGGAAUCAAUCCAGGCAACACUUCCACGGGUCAGCACAACCACGGGACUAUUUUAUACCUACAGAAAAGUGAUUUUUUUCUUAUCCAGAGUAAUAACAGGGAAUGUGCAAUUCCUUUCCUGUGUGAGUACAGUACAAAUAAAGAAAUAAAGCAUCA